AUCAAGUCUCAUUCAUAUUUUCAACUUGGAAUCUUUAUCCCAACAACUAUAUAAACACCCAUGCAUCAACAAAGACAAAGUCAAAUUCACGUAAACAAAAUGACGAAAUCAAAUAUUACAUUACCACUUCUCUUCGCACUCCUCACCUUCAUCGACGCCUCGACCGGCUCAUCCAACGUAUUCAACGUCGUUACCUUCGGGGCCAAACCGGACGGUGUGACGGAUUCUACCGGAGCAUUCCUAAAGGCAUGGCAAGCCGCUUGUGGCUCGGCAGCUUCAGCCACUGUGAUGGUUCCGACUGGUACAUUUAUGGUCAAGGGGAUAACGUUUGGAGGGCCAUGCAAAAGCAGACUCACGUUUCAAGUGGCCGGGACCGUCGUUGCUCCGGCAGAUUACAGGGCAUUUGGAAACUCCGGCUACUGGAUUCUUUUUAACAAGGUUAACAAAAUGUCACUUGUCGGCGGGACCUUUGAUGCUCGAGCUAAAGGGUUUUGGGCUUGCCGGAAAGCUGGUCAGAAUUGUCCUCCCGGUGUUAGGUCAAUAACGUUUAACUCGGGGAAAGACGUGAUCAUAAGUGGAGUGAAAUCGAUGAACAGCCAGGUCACCCAUAUGGCUCUCAAUGGCUGCACUAAUGUGGCUGUCCGUAAUGUAAAGCUAGUGGCUCCCGGAGACAGCCCAAACACCGACGGUUUUCACAUUCAAUUUUCCAAUGGAGUCACAUUCACAGGAAGCACUAUUCAGACCGGAGACGAUUGUGUUGCUAUCGGCCCUGGUACACGCAACUUCCUCAUCUCCAAACUUGCUUGUGGCCCAGGUCACGGGGUUAGCAUCGGGAGCUUGGCUAAGGACUUGAACGAAGAUGGCGUUGAGAAUGUGACACUAUCGAGUUCAGUAUUCACAGGAACGCAAAACGGCGUAAGGAUCAAGUCGUGGGCGAGGCCAAGCACUGGAUUCGUUAGGAACGUCUUCUUCCAAAGCCUAAUCAUGAAAAAUGUCCAAAACCCUAUCAUAAUCGACCAAAAUUAUUGUCCAUCCAACCAAGGUUGCCCUACUGAGCAAUCGGGAGUGGCGAUAAGCCAAGUGACGUAUAAGAACAUACAAGGAACGUCCGCGACACAGCAAGCGAUGAAGCUGGUAUGCAGCAAGACCAAGCCAUGCACUGGAAUCACAUUACAAGACAUUAAGCUUAGUUACAACAAAGGAACUCCUGCUACUUCCUACUGUUUCAAUGCUAUUGGGACUAGUCUCGGUCUUAUCCAACCUACUAGUUGUCUAAAGCGAUGAUAUCGAUUAUCGAAUGUUACUACGCUACACUGAAAUCCGCUGCAGCCUUUUUUUAUCUUCACCCAUCACAUCGGUCUGAAUCUAUACAAGAAUCUGCAAAUUACUAGGAAACGUGUUGCUGGAAAAAUCUCACUUUAAAAUAGCAAUGAGAUGAUUGGUUGUUUUUAAUUCAUGUAGACGGUAAAAUAACAAUAAGUUGACAUCUAAUUUAUAUAAUAGGUUUAUAUCCCGUCGUUUAAG